CAAGAAUGGUCUCCCAAAAGAUGAAGCCAACGGCUGCUUCACGUUGUCGUUGAGUUGAUGGAUGCACGGAUGCUGAUCGAUGCCUUGUUGCAUGAUGGACAUGCAUGCAGGUAGGCUCCGAAGGCGCAGUUUUUUCUGAAGCAUUGACCGACCAUGAAUGCGCGAAGGCUCGUUACCUGUUUGUAUGCAUCCACGCUCUUCCUCAGUCCAGGGAGUAUCGUGGCUCAGCCGUACGAGGAUCCUUCCGAGGGUACCGCCAUGCUGGACUUUGUUCAAUGUCGAUUGGAUGCAGUGGAGAGCAGGACACGCAAUGUUCAGUACAGCUCUUUCACAGAUUCCUACGUUGAAGUGAGUCCGAUUUACGACUUUAUAGGAGGUCCAUUCGACGAUGACUACAUCAAUGAUAAUCCAAUAGUCCCCGUGAAAAUCUGCUGGUGCGCACACUAUUUCAACCGAAAUGAUGCCUAUUGUCCCCUGGACUUUAAUGCUUGCAGAGUGGAAGGUGCCCACGGGCCCGUUAUCUGUUUCAACGAAUUGGAAGGAGGAUCAUUUGUUCGAGGCUUCUUUUUCAUCUGCGUUUUCUGGUUUGUUGCACUGGUCUACGCCUUCUUUUGCUCGGAUCAGGGCAAUGCCGCUCGAGCCUUUAUCAUGCGCAAGCUUUGCUAUCGAAUCCUGGGCCAUUCCAACGAACGUGACCUGCUUCGAAGGCACAUCGAAAGCAUGAUACAGAGGGAUCCAGAAAGAGCCACGUGGGUGCUACGGAGUGCCUUUCUGAGACAGCAAAACCGGCAGAGAGCACGGAGCAACUUUAUGACAUGGUGGAACGGCAGAAACCAGAGAGCAGAGCAAGACGCUGGCAGAAGAACUAAUGAUAAUGACAACAAUGACACUGAGCCUUCAGAAUGGCAGCAAAGAAUGGAACUAAAAGUCAAAAAGUACAUGGGAUCAGAAAGAACGACAAGUGCAAACACCGACUCAAACCGUGGCGAUGCAUCGGAAGACGACAUAGAGGCGGACGAAUCUCAAUCUGUGACCUUGUCCCUUGCUGAAGCAUCCCAAUUCUUGAGUAGCGCAUUGUCAUUGAACCUUGACGGCGGAGAAACUGUGGACAAUGCUGUCAAUUGCGCGAUUUGUCUAUGCCCCCUCCACAUUGGAGAUCGAGUUUGUGAUAUACCUUGUGGACACCUCUAUUGCGUAGAGUGUCUCAAAGAUUGGCUCAAGAGGAAGAAUCAUUGUCCACUGUGCAACCGAGGCGGCCUUGCUACUCCUAUCAAGACAACCACAGCGACAAGUGAAGAAGAGGAUACCACCAGUCUUCCAGAUGACACAGACCAACAAGAUGUCGAGGGAGGCGAUGUUUCCGGGCAUGGAAGCACCGAAGCUAGCAGCAGCAAUGCGGGGCUUAUUGUGUCGUUGCCGGAUGGACCACCUGAAAAUUAGCUAGUUGGGAAAUUCAAUCUUCCUUCGACACUUCACAAGCGAGCGACUAGCAGGGGCGGCCGCGGGAAAACAGGGUGAGCCUUUCUUCCACUAAGUUAGUUGUGUUUGCAAACUAAUCAUGCUACUACUAAGAGGCAUGCUAACAGGAACGAAGAUGGACUAUUUUCCUGAGUGGAAGCAGAACAGCAGCUGUUCGGCUGCUGCAUUGUGGGGGUAGGUUGUCAUUAGUAGUUCCGUAACCACGUCAUCUUGUUAUUGAUUACCACAAAAGGACCGAGCCAAUCCUAUUCGUUUGUCCUGCAAGUCAUAGAGCACAUCGUAAUGGUACAUCGCAUUGGCACCCAGGACUGCUCCUUUGGGCUCUUCGCAAUAGACUCGCAUGGUUAGCUUGCGAGAUCCCGCCCAUCGUUUGACUUCCUCUUCUAGCGUGGUGGCAUUGAGAUCCCGUGGCACACCAUCCAUGUAGGAAGACGGUGGGAUGACGAUUGUCGUGUUUGGGUGAAAUACCAUUCUAAUAUCAGGCAUGCUCCGAAACUGCCCAUACGUGUAUACUCGAGUUUCUUGCAUGCUCAAGCCAGUAGCAGCUCUCCAUGCCUUGCCCAGUCCUCUGUGGGCUUGCUUUGGUAGAAAGGUAUCGGUAGUGCCACUAUCCAACAAUACGCCCUUGCCAGCUCGGAAGGCCAACAAUGUGGCUCGUCGAGCGAUCCUUUCCUUGUCAUUUGUGGCAUCUUCAGCACACGUGAUACAAAAGUCGC